ACAAUUUUAUCGAGCUAAAGGCUACGCUAGGCUAAAACUAACGAUAAACUAUCAGUGGUCAUGUGUGAACCGCAACAUAGUGGCAAGGUUGGUCUGAAUGGCCUGGCUCUUGCCUAGACUGCAAAUCUGUGAUGACCCUAAAGACUGUAGAAGUGGAAUAAUGGCAAAAACAAGGAAGGAAGAGAGAAGCUGGAGGAGCUAGUAGCACGUAUCGGGUGUAAUUUUGCUCUUACGCCGGUAGUCGGGGCCUCGGGAAUUGAUGGCUUUAGUGUGGAAAUGAACCAACUUUACAACUGAAGACAAAUUAUGAUCAUCCGAGCGAGUGAAAAGUUUAUCAUUUGAAGGAAGCGACAGAGGGAACUGAGUGGAUAUGGGAUUCUUUUCGGCACGGAACUUCCUUUCUGGGAAUAAUGGACGCUUAUUCGGAAGAAAAAACCGUUGCAGUUUUGAAAGAAGCUCUCCCUCGCGCGCCGUGUUUCUGUUUCCCAACUGAAGCGCAGCCGCACCCUCUGACGGAUUAGCCAACAAGCUAGCUACAAAAUUUCACACAAAACUCGCAUUUCUCGGAGAAAUACAGUUUCAUUUUAGAAACAAACUUAUUAAUUUCGAAGGAAACCGUCUGUUAUCUCUCAACGCCUUGUUUCCCAUUUGAAGUAAAGCCGCACCCUCUAGUUUGCUUCCUCAUACAGACGAAGAGACCCCACACACAUAUUUAAAGCUGGAAUAAACCUCAUGUUGGGUCUCUUGAAACACCACUGGAUGGUGAUGGGUUAAAUAAAAGACAAACAAACGGGAUAUUUGUUUAAAACAGAUUUAAAUGAGAUGUGUACCAAGAGGAAAACCAAGCAGCGUGUGUGCCGGAUGGUAUCGUGGUUCCCAUGCUUUUUGCUGAGGAAGGUGCAUGAGAAAUAGACAGUAAUGCAUAACGGACCCGUGCAUCAGAAAGAACUGGCCAACAUCACUGGGUUACGAGUAAAAAGGAAGAGGUAUAAGCCAAGGGAAGUCAAAGCCUGGUCUUUUGGAGGUUGAAAGUCCAGCCUGGUGCUUUUUUGGAGUCUUUAUACAGUAGGCGUUGUGGGAUGAUGGUGCUGAAAGUGAAGGACCAUCAGAGAGAACUUCAUUCAAACUGCCGCUGUGUUACAGCCAUGACCCUCAGAGGCACUUUCCACUGGAGGAUCAAAAUUAACAAUGGCUCAUCUGGUUUUAGUCAUUUGGUGGAUUUCAUUUGGCCUCCUGCAACCACGAGAAGGGAAAGGACCUUUAAACGCCCGUCUGCUUGACAUGAAUUAACAACAACAACAAAAAACCUGACACAACUGUGGCAAUAGAUUUUUCACACCCUCAGAUUCAGUAGAGAAAGUGUUUUUGAUGAGGCAUAAGUUGAUUUCUGGAUGUCUGCAAUCAGCUGGCACUUUGCCUUGAUUUGAUCUCUUGUAUGGCACUGCAGCAAGUGUAUGGUUUAGUUUUUGUUUUUUGUUUUUUUUUGUCUGUAUGUGUGUCUAUAUAUAUACAUAUAUAUAUGUAUAUAUGUGUGUGUAUAUAUAUAUAUAUAUAUAUAUAUAUAUUUAUAUAUAUUUAUAUAUAUGUGUGUGUUUGUUGUUGGACCUAGAUAGAUGAAAAACAACCUGUGAAACUGUUCAGAUGUACCCAUGAUGUGAUUUUGUCAAAUUGCAUAAACAUUAAGGAGUUCCGCAUCAAUAUAUUGAAGGGAUUUUAAAUGUAGCCUUGAUUUUUGACCUCAUUCACUCAUUUAAAAAAAAAUAUAUAUAUAUCGCACAGAACAAGAUUUCCCUGAGUGAAGUUGCAUUAUCCUCUAUUUUUCUGAUUUUGCAAAUGUUUACUAAAAAAUUUGAUUUUGAGAUCGUAAACAGUGGAUAGAUAUUAGUAUAUUUUCUGAAGGACAACACUUUUUGGCCAGUUUCUCAGAGAAGGUGUGGUAUUAUUUCUGAAGACAUUGUCAUAUAAGUUAUGAAUUUGUACUGUGGAAUGUGUGGUGUAAUCUAUAUUUUGUACAAAAAAGAAAAUCCAGAAUAUUAGCUUGACCACCGUACUAUGGCUAGUAGUGGCUCGGGAAAGUCAGACAGCGAGGUUCCAACGUCCAACAUCCCGAGUGGCAGCUUGCAGCAGCGGAAAAGACUCUCAUCUGUUUGUGACACGUGCAAAAGCAAGAUGCAGCUGGUGGCGGAUUUGCUUCUGCUGUCCAGUGAGACGAGGCCGGUGAUGACGGCGGAUGGUGUGCCAGUGGCAGAGACUUUUGAGAAGUGUCGAGAUACAGUGAUUGCUAGGACAAAGGAGCUGUCCAUCAUCACUCAUGACAUUCAAAGCCAGCUUAACAUGGGGAAAUUCACGGAGGCCGGGGAGCGGUUAGUGGAAAUGGGCAAUCUGGUGGUGUCUCUAACGGAGUUUUCAGCUCAUGCUGCAUACCUGGCGGCAGUGGAGACACCGGGUUCGCAUGCUGCCAUUCCUGGAUUGGUGGAUCGCUACAAAGUGACGCGAUGCCGUCACGAGGUGGAUCAAACUUGUGCAGUCUUGCGCGUGACUCCACUAUCUGAUUUAACUCCCCAACUCCUCCUGGAAAUUUCCCAAAACAUCCGGAGGAACCUGACCACUCUCACAGAGGCCUCGUCUCUGGCAAGUGAGAAAUCCAAGGACCGGUUUGCCAAAGAGCAGUUCAAAGCCAGUGUAAAGUGCAUGAGCACGAGCGCCACCGCACUUCUCGCCUGUGUCAAAGAGGUGAAGACGAGCCCAAGCGAGCUGACACGUAAUCGCUGCGUGCUUUUCAGUGGGCCGCUGGUUCAGGCUGUCAACGCACUGGUGGGAUUUGCCACUGAGCCCCACUUCCUGGGCAAACCAGCUAACGUUAGCACCGAUGGUAAAGCGGUGCAGACGGCUGUAUUGGGAGGCGCCAUGAGUGUAGUUUCGGCUUGCGUUCUCCUCACACAGGGUCUCCGGGACGUAUCCCAGCAUGCAGAGAACAGCACCCAGAUGCCUACGUACCGAGAAAGGCUGCGCCAGUCAGCUUGCGCUGUCUCUGAUGGAUGCACAUUGCUCUCGCAGGCGCUCAGGGAACGAUCCUCGCCCAGGACUCUACCACCGGUCAACUCGCAUUCUGUGAAUUAAACAAUUAAAAGCCCAUUACAGAUAUUUUUCUCAAUGUACCAAAGAGACUAAUAUGCUUUAAGCCCAUGUUGUGUGAUCCUAUUGAGUGAAUGUAGUGAAUUUGUAAAAAUAUGUCUGUUCAACUAUUCCUGGGCAACCAUGGUGGCAGUUUUUUUUGCACUGGAUGUAAUAAAAAACCUAGCCAAAACUGACAUCACAACAUAUAUCUAACUUGUUUUCACUCACUGGUAGCCACAGAUUCUGUGGUGAUUCUGUAUGUUGGACUGAAAUUCUCAACUUAAAAGGAAAACUAGUGGAAAGUUUACCUCAGUUUUAGUGUCUGAGAGCAGCAGACAGAGUAAUGGUUGUAGUCUGAUGUGUGGUGGAUGUUAUUAAGAAAUGCAGUGAGAGUGGGGUGUUUGUUCAUGCUUUGUAUUCCAAUGUGUGAAUCUUUUGGAUUAAAGCUGCUGUGAGUGUGUGCCAUAGGUUUUACACUAUUUACCAGAAUUACAAUAGCUUUUUUUUCUGGAUCAUGCAUGUACUGGAGUAUUUAUUUCGACUUAUUAAAAAGUUGGUUCUCAUA